UUUGGUACAGACAGAGAUCCAAGGUCAUCCUAAUCCUUCAUCGAUUCGACAAGAGUUAUUUCAACUUCUCGACGGGAAUCAACGGACUAAUCACAGAUGUCUCAGUUUGGCAUUGAACUGGACGUCUUUGUUGAGUCUCAGACAAGUGAGAUUGAAGAGCUGAAGUGCUGUAUAUGUAUGAAUGUCCUGUUGGAUCCUGUGUAUGGCACACACUGCAAUAGCCACCAGUUCUGCAGAGCUUGCAUUCGCGAGUGGAUCAGGACCAGAGCAGCAAACUGUCCUUUGUGCAGGACACCCAUGAGAUUCACUGAUGUUGGCACAGACCACAGUGCUAACAGGAAGGUGAUGAAAUUGGUGGCCAAGUGUUCCAAUGGAGUUGUAGAUGGUGUAAAAUGUGACUGGCGAGGUCCCUAUGGAAACCUGGCCCACCACGAGCGCCGUUGUUCAUUUAAGAAGGUAACCUGUGAACACUGUGAAAUGAUAUUGGAGCGGCACCAGCAUCUGCCACACCUGGGUGUUUGCCCCAAGAUGGAGCAACCCUGUGAGGACUGUCUCCUCUGGGUGCAGAGAGAUAACAUGCGUCAUCAUGUUGUCUAUGUCUGCAUCAUGAAAGAGAUGCCCUGCCCGCUUCAGUGCCAGGAAGUGAUUUUGAGGAAGGAUUUCCUGCAUCACGUUGUGCAUGACUGCACAAAUCGUGUCACGGUUUGCCCCAUCCCAGGCUGCGGCAUGUUGGUGCAGGACGUCCAUCGUCACAACAGAGAAGAUGGGGAAUACCACACCUUUCUACUUAUGCAAUCUGGGACACAUCAGAGACACUUCAAUGGGCCUAUCCAUUCCUUCAAGUAUGUGGUGGAGGACAUCACCAGGAUGGUGAAGAGCAGUCCUUUCUGCACAGGCCAGCACGAGUUUAGAGUCAUGCUGUUGCCACCUGACAGGGAUGCCAGGGACAACAUUGGCCUGUACAUCCAGCUAUGUUCUGGACAUCCCACCCUUGUCAAUGUGAGGAUGAAGGUAACAUAUGGGACAGUGACACGCAGCCUGGAAGGGAAGCUCAACCUUAAAGCUGGAGAGGUGAAGGGGUGGAGUGCUGCGUUGAAGGCUGAGGUGUUGGACCAGGAGCAGAUCUCUGCAAACCUAGAGCUGAACAUUGUCAUUCAGCAUUACUUUUCAUAGAAACCAGAUGGCACCCAGACAGUGGUGAUAAAACAGAAGUAGAAGACACAAUAUCAGUAGCGGUAAAAAACAAAUCAAUCAGAGAAGGUGAAAAAGAAAGAUCACAUGUUGGUUCCUUAAUCACCUGAGUUAAGUUUAACAUUUGUGUAGUUUGAAAUAGUUUAGCACCGACGGAAGUAAUUGGGUCAAGGGGCCACCAUUCCUGAUGUUUAGCGUUAAAAUCACCUGUGACAAUAAGUGCAUCAUGCUGAAUGCCCCCAGCUGAGAAGACCGAGUCACAUAAAGAAUCAAUAAAGUUAUUAAUUGUAAGCAAAUCUUGUCCAGGUGGUCAAUAAUAAACAGAAAAUAGGAUUUUAGUCUGACCAGCACAAAGUUCCAGCCAAAUACAUUCAAUAGAAGAAGGUUCUAGAUCUACACGCCUUUUGAACGCGAUCUGAUCUGAAACGUAUACCACAACUCCUCCACCAUGUCUAUUUCUGUCACGGCGAAUAGGAGAUUGGAAACCUUCAAGCAAUAUACAUGUAUCAUUUGAGUCGACACUAUCUCCUAGCCAAGACUCAGUAAUAGCAAUAACAUCAAGAUUGUGUUCAAUUACCAGAGACGACAAUUCAUCCAUCUUGGAUCCGGCAACCAGACUAUUAAAGUUGAUGUGCACGAAAUUUAGAAGUUUUGAUGAAUUAGGCCUGGGAGUCGGACCCGGGUUUGGAUGAAUGUCGCCCGCAAUGAGAUUAAGUGCAAGUAAUACAAAAAAUGGAAGUAACAAUAAGUAACUGUCAAU